UUCAGUUCAAGUCCAUAAAACAGACAGCAAGAAGAAAACCACUGCGGUGACAUCAUCACCUCCUCCACCCUCGUCAUGUUUGAUCUCAGCUGAGAAACUGACGUCAGCCUGAAAUUGACUUCUGAACUCAGCACUGACCCCUAGUGGAUCAACUGAGUGAAUUAUUUGUCAUUGUGACACUGCACACACAACGACAUGUGACCUCCCCAUCACCAAUGUCAGCAGGGGGCAGCGUUAAGCGCCGGGGGAGCAGCGUGUGGGGACGGACUCGAGCCUGAAACCUUCCGGCAGCCAGCACUGCCCGUGGUUCCACAGUGUAGCGGUUACUGCUCACACAGCUGUAGCUCGGCCAACAGGACUAGCCUGUCCCUCCUGGUUCAGACCUGCUGUGCUACAGACGGUCCAGAACGCGGCGGCCCAUCUUCAAUCACUGACACUCUUCUGUGUUUCAAUGGUCUGUGAGACUCCGAUGAACGAUGGCCGACAGGCCCUAAGGAACGCAGCUGUGACGGGUGACGGGUGACGGUUGCUGAAGCGAAGACUUGAGCACGGUAAGAGUUUGGACAACUUCCUGACGGAUUCAAGGAAAUUCUGGUCCACCAUCUGCCAACCUCGGUAGGGGGACGCAGUACACCAUCAACACCUUGGGGUAGGGAUGGAUCGCCGUGGACCUCGACUCAGGACACUGGAGGUAAGUGGAAGGGAAUUCUCCAAAGACCGUCGGGGAUCCAGGACCGGCUGCUCUAUCUCUGGGGCUGAGGUUGCCACAGCAGUCAAAAAGCACCUUGGUGGAAGACUUACCCACAGUUUCUUACAGCGCUGGAUCUUAAGGGGCCGUCUAAGGUGACACACCUCUACAGCGUUGGAUGGCGCCGCUCUACAAAAAGAAGGAUCGGAGCGUGUGGGGAACCACACUCCUCAGAGUCCUCCUGUCAGGGAGUCCUAAAGGCAGGACUGUCUGUUUGUUGGAUGGAUGGAUGGAUGGAUGGAUGGAUGGAUGGAUGGUCAGUUGCUGCUAUGGUGAUGGGAGGGCGGUCCCUGAACUGCAGAGCUGCAGGCACAUUUGACUGAGACAGAGCAACCAGUGGGUACGAGCUUCUGUUUCAUCAUGUAUCUUCAUUUCCUCUGGAAUUAUGGUAAGGUUCAGAAAGACGAAGGCGUAAAGGAACGUUCCUCAUCAGAGUUAUGUGUGGAUGUGGACGGGGACAAAGGUGGUCAGACGGAGGGAAAUGCUGCCCAGUACCGUGUUGGCUGUAUAGUUCUCUCAGUGAUCUGCUUCGUCCUGCUGCUGGCGGUCAUAGUCCUCAGUGUAGGAGGAAGAAGAGAAGUGGCAGCUGUGGAGAACAACAUUUCAUCUGCUGUGACCUACAGCCUGGAACAAUGUCAGACCCUGGUGUCUCCAACCACAGUUUGUCCAGACACAGAGAGAGCACCUGAGGACAGGACCAGCCCAUCUGCUACAACCUGCAGCCUGGAACAAUGCCAAGACCAUCUGACCAAAACCCAGCCUGUCCUGUGUCCAGAGAUGGAGGAGACCACAGCAGACAGCAGAACCUGUCCACCCACUGAGACCUGCACUGUUGAACAAUGUCAGGCCCAUGUGACCAGCGCCCCCUGUGGUACGUGCCGCACCACGAGGAGAGACGUACAAGUAAAAUACAUUUGGAAGAGCUGGAAAUUUUUAUGGAAAUAUCAGAGCGUGAACCCUGUGUCAUCAGCAGGGAUGCAGCAGUACCACUAUGAGUAUCACCAUAAGGCUAAUACUUCAUAAAAUACCCUCAUGUUCAAAAACUUGGUGGCCAAGGCCAAGAUAUUAUAGUUUUUUAAGUUGCAUUUUAUUUUGCCAGGAGAAAAGGUUUCAAACAAAAACAAAGGUUUCUCACUAAAACCUAACGCAGGCUAAAACACACAGAACACGGCGAGGUGUCAGCAGGUCAGUGUUGAGGACGAGGAGGAGGAGGGGGAGGGGUCAGAAGGUCGACGCCAGCUGGUUUAAAUAUCUGUCAUCCACCAAUCCCCUCGCACCUUUUCUGUCAUGUGAUCUCGCAA